AUGGCCGGUGCCGCUGCUGCUCUGCUGGGGGAAGCCAUCAUGAUUGUUCUUUUCCAGGGGACCACCAACCGGGCUGGUAACGCAGCAGCCGUGGCUUUCUUGUUCUUGCAUCUCUUUUUUUACGGCAGUUUUCUCGAUGCGUCGACAUACGUUUACACGUCAGAGAUUUGGCCUACACAUAUAAGGUCCAAAGGCGCGGCUGCCUCAACCUCUGGAAUGUUCAUCUCAUCGCUGAUUCUACUUACCGUAUCGCCUACAGCAUUUGAAGCAAUUGAAUGGAAAUUCUACAUAGUUCUAAUGAGCUUGACAAUUGUAGGAGGUGUCGCUUUUGCAGUAUUCUUCCCAGAGGUAUUGUCCUCUUGA